AUGUCUUUCGAAAGCGUCAUGCCACCAUACAACUCCUCCGAUCCGACCGCUACAUUCCUCAGCUCUUCGAGUCUCGAUUUCCUCCUCAUUGAGCUGGUCCCCCUUGCCUACCGCGUCACAACCGAACAGUACCCAUCAGCAACAACGGCAAGUGGCGCGGCGGAAACUCGGUCGACCACAGCAAACACUGUUACAGUGACUUCACCGAGUCGCGCCAAUGACGAUGAGCCGACCGACGCUGUUCGCCAUAAGCUCGAAACAACAGGGUACCGCGUAGGGCAAGGGCUUGUGGAAAGAUUCUCCAAAGACAGGCCGCGCUUCAAUGAUACCUUGGAUGUCAUCAAGUUUCUAUGUAAAGAUCUCUGGUCUCUUGUUUUUGGGAAGAAUAUCGACAAUCUGAAAACGAACCACCGGGGCGUAUACGUCUUGACGGACAGCGUCUUUCGACCCUUCUCUCGCAUGAGUACAGAAGCCGGAGGCCAGGCCAUAGUGCGGGCCCAGCCAUAUCUCUGGUUCCCGUGUGGUAUUGUCAAAGGCGCACUUGCUGCCCUGGGCAUCGACGCUACUGUCCAAGCUGAAGUCCAUGAACUACCGGGUGCUAUCUUUCAAAUCAAAACGGACCAGUCCAAGCCAUAA